GGCGAAGCAAGAAACUAGUGACUAUCUCCAGCGAUCAUCAGGAACCAGGCUCUUGGAAACCAUCCCUCAACCCGUAGGUGAUUUGCGCCGCCCGACACGAAAACUGCAUCGGUGGGUUUCAACCCUUUAAGAGUGUCGAACCCUCGAAGAUGACACACAAACACCCGAUACUUUUUUGUCUUACAAUUAUGAUGUUUUUCAAUCCUAUUUACUCUGCUUACUUGGAAAUCCUUGAACUUAAUGAAAAUCCCGGUAUAGUUGCGUUCAAGACUAAUUCAGUCUUUAUAAAAGAAGGAUCUCACACACUAUUCCAUAGAUUUAAUUUAUUUUCCUUUACCGUCGUUCUCAAGCAGUAUGAAUCCAUUAUUUUGAACAUUGAAGAAAACCCAAAGAUAGCAGAACUAGUUAAAAUUCUUAAACAAAAGCAGAGUCAGGCUUAUUUUAUCCUUGAAAAUUUAACCGCUAGAAGUAGAAAAACAAAACGAUCUCUUAAUUUUCUUGGGUCCACCUUAAAAAUGAUUACAGGGAAUCUCGAUAAUGAAGAUUUGUUAAAAAUAGAAAACCAACUUGAAAUUCUUAAAAAUCCAAAUAACCUUUUAGUAACAGAGAAUAAUGAACAAAUUCAAAUUAAUAAAUUGUUUGAGGAAAGGAUUAACAAUAUUACUAAACAAGCUUAUAGACAGUCUAGGGAAAUAGAUAGCAUCAUUAAACAGACAAGACUGAGCUUAGACAGACCUGUCGAAUGGGAACAUCUCCUGCACCUACACAACAUCAUCUUCAACAUCGACAUGAUCAACCAGCAGCUGUCUACAAUUUUCGAGGCCAUUCAGUUGUCCAAGUUGGGUUUAAUUUCAAAGGCUUUCUUACAACCAUCAGAGCUAGAAUUUGCAACGAAUCUGUUGGAGUCACAAGGCGUGGUGAUUAACAGCUAUGACCAAGUUUAUGAGUUUUUGGAACCCAUAGCAUUCCACAAUAACUCAGACAUAAUCCUACUCAUAAAAAUUCCUAAAUUCAGGCAAGGAGAAUUUGUGCAACUCCAAAUAGAAGCCAUUCCACGACAGUUUAAAAUCAUACCGAUAAAUGCAACAAAAGCCAUUGUUGGUAACAAUGAGUCUUACCUAAUUUCCCAUCCAUGCAUGAACAUCGAGCGUAGCAUCAUCUGCGACGUCCAGAUCUUGUUUAACACUUCAAACGACGGAUGCUUACAUGAGUUACUAAGAGGAAAUACGGGUAACUGUACCUUCAUUAGAUCUCCAAUGAAACCUGACACAAAGGAAAUCGAGAAUCUCGGACUGUUAGUUAAAAACUCUGUUGAUCCGACUUCGAUGCAAAACAGUUGUGGAUAUGGUCCGAGGAAUUUAACAGGAACGUUUCUCAUAUCAUUUAGAGAUUGUUCCAUCACCCUCAACGGAAAAACCUUUACCAGCAAAACAUUCAGAGGAGAAUCCAGACCUGUCAUCUUACCCCUACAUUCAGUUAGCGUAGAUGAGUCACAGACAGAACCAGAAUCCAUUGACUAUAUGGAACAACUGCACAUUAGGAAUCGUCAUAAGCUGGAGCACUUAGAAACAGCAAACAAAAGGACUAAAGUGCUCAACAUAGUAGGAAUAGUUCUCAUCACAUGCUUCGUAGCAGUAAUUUUCGCUUUUCUUACGAGAGAAGUUCGUAAACUCAAAAUGAAGCUGACAAUACGGAUCCCUGCAAACAAUGCGUUGGAAAGCUCUCAAACAAUAUUGAACCGAGACGGUUCAAACUAAGGCGGGGGAAGUUAUGGACAUCCCUAGGCUCUACCCACGAUGUUCAGGUAUCCGCCUAUCGUGGACUAGAUGCUGACAAAGCAGUAUCACCCUUGGAGACACUGAGCAUAACCCCCAUACCAGAAUACCCUUUGGACUCCGAGCAUAUUGAUGACACGAUAAAUCGAUACCGGCGCACAGUAACACCGACCAUCCAACGCAACCCAGAACAACCAGGCCAGUUGCCAUCCGGUGAACUUUUGCUGACAUCGAGAAAGCAUCGAACUCAAUCGGAGGACACAGGUGUGCCCUCGGGCUGGUCUGGCUCGAUCAGUCAGUUGGAAGUGAACGUUUGAAUCGAUAGGUCUAAUAGUCAGUUGAAAGCCCUUCUGGCCCAGUAUAAGUGUUAGGAAGUGUGAAAUGUAAAAUUAUAAACAAGAACAUAAUAAAAGUGAUGGGAUUAGGGUAAAUUUGAAACAAGUAGUUUUUUUAAAAACCCUAAUGUGAAGUCCCGUCCAUUUUUAUAUAUGACUAUUUUUUCAUGACAGUGUAUCAGUCAAUGUCUAUAUUCUAGCACUGAAAAAUAAAAAUGAACAUAUUCGAUGUUUAACAUGUGAUAAUGUGGGCCUAAUAAGCGGAUAUCAAUAAACUGCGCGCCCAAUGGUCAUUAAACAAAAUGACUAUAACAGUAACAAAAUUAGCUCAAAUUCGAUGAACAACCAGACCACACUGAUCCAGAGCCAUGUAGUUUCACAUACCAGAUGAAACAAGUACAUAUAUUUGAUGAUAUUGUAGAGAAAAUCAAAAAUUUUGUUUUAUAAGAUGCGAAAUUUAGCGACCUGUGUGAUUUUCUGCGGUUUGAAAAUUCUCGUUGCCUUCAUCUUCAGGCGCCGCCCUGUUAAGGUUAGUGACCAAAAUGGGAAUUUUUUUAAUUAACUUUUCAGAAAACUAGCCUAUUAUAGAUCAUGGAACGUUGAAACAUAGAUUGGUUAAUGUCAAAUGGACGAAAAUGAGGUUUGAAGUUGAAAAACACUUUCGCAUUUUUUCCUGCCGCAUACUGUAUGCCAACGGGUCUUGAGAAACUGUCGGGUGAAGGCCUCUAUUAGCUUUUUGUUCCUCCACCAUCUUUCCCAAAGAUCUUCCAUCGGUAUGUUGACCUGCUAGCCAACUCUUCACCUUCUCUCGUGAAUUUGGAAGUGAGCUCGUACUGCU